UUGCUCACCAGCUGAGGGAUCUGGGGCAGGGUUACACACAACACUUCCACAGAUCGCUGGGGCUCCAGCUCUCGUUAACUAUCAAAGCCCGCAGCUUUUCCAAAGCUCCGUGGUUCUUUAAGCCCCGGCUGCCCACACACACAUACGGACUGAAGACUUACAGCGCCAUUGAGGAUCAGUAAGCAAGAGGAACUCGCUUGGACAAAAGAUGUACGCGCUGCUGUUCGCAGUGACCUCCGUCAUCACGGGCUGCGUGGUUCUCUACGCCGUCGUCCCGUGGCUGAGCCGGCACCGGGGCACGCUGGCGCUGCUGUGGCACGACCGCGUCUGCGCCCACGCGCGCGACUGGCUGACGGGCACCAGGCAGCCGCAGCGAAUGCUGAAGUACGUGCUGGAGAACGCCGUGGCCGGAGACCCGCAGAGCACCGUGGACACCAUCGACAGGUUCUGCAAGACCGCUGAGUGGGCCAUGAACGUGGGCGAUGAGAAAGGUGUGAUUCUGGAUCGGGUUGUGUUGGAGACAAGGCCAAGGACAGCGUUGGAACUGGGCACCUACUGUGGCUACUCCACUGUCCGUAUCGCCAGGCUCCUGGAGCCCGGAGCUCGCCUCUACACCGUGGAGUUCAACGCUGACACGGCCAAGGCUGCGGAGCAGAUAAUCUCCCACGCUGGUGUGGGAGACCGAGUCCAGCUUCUGGUGGGCUCAUCCUGGGAGCUGAUUCCCGAACUCCGAGAGAGGUUUGGGGUGGAGAAGCUGGAUUUUGUCUUUCUAGACCACUGGAAGGAGAGUUAUACCCGGGAUACCAAGCUCCUGGAGGACUGCGAGCUGCUCCGCCAAGGAACAGUCCUCCUUGCCGACAACGUCAUUUGCCCCGGGGCCCCGGAUUACCUGGAGUAUGUACGUCACCACUCCCAGUAUCGGAGCGAAUACUACCCGUCCCACCUGGAGUACACACAGGCUGAAGAUGGACUGGAGAAGUCGGUCUAUUUGGGUUAACCGAGUCCCUUCUCCGGCAGAGGUACAGUUAUCCGGUGGGCAGCGCGACUCUCGUCAGCAGCGGCCUCUGCAGCCCGUCCGCAUUUUAUUAUUUUCUGUCUAUGUUUCUAUG